GGAGACGCUCGCGCGUGACAUUCAGCGCUCGAGCACACGAGCCAAGGCGGGAAAAUAGGGCUGACAGGAAAAUAAUAGAUUAAGAAAAAAAAAAACCUCACACACAUACAAGGAGUCGGAAAAGCGUGAGUGCGAGUCGCGGUGUUAAUCACACACCUAUUUUCUAUUUUUAAAGGAGAAAGCCGGGGUGGUGAAGUAUUGGAUGGAUGGAUGGAUGCUCGGAGGAGAGAGAGAGAGAGAGAGAGAGAGAUGGGCUGGAGCAUGAUGGUAAUACUGAUGACUGACUGACUCGCUACACUGGAUGGAGCGACUUAAUUUUGAACAAGUGUCCGCUUUAUAUUUUGGUUUCCGUCUCAUUAAAUUUCUUCUUUUUGCCUUUUUUACACCCCUAAAUCGAUGAACCUGAACGGUGGAACUUACAUUCGUUUAUUAUUUUUUAAUUAUUUUAUUUUUUUUGCGAGGAUGAAAAUGACAAAACGUUGCGUGUCUGCUUGCGCGGUUUCCCCGUCGGAGUGAGCGCCGAGAACCAGAGAAUGAAGAACGAAGAAGCUCAUUAGCUAUUAAUAUUUUUGAUUAUUUUUGUUAGAAAUAAAAGGUUUCUUAUCAUCUAACGGAACUCGUGGAAGUGGUUCUUUGGAGCUCGUUUUGGUGAUAACAUCAUUUCCUGCCUGAUGCUACCGUUAACUAAGAGUAUCCACAAUGGAAUAGCUUCAAGCAGAACAAGGGCUAUUCUGGUCUAAACAAGGAUCAAUGGUCCCUCCUUCUCCUUAACCAUCUCUGGCAAGCGCAAGGGAUUUCAUUUGAAUUACCAAUGACGUUCAAGAGCAUUUCCUUUUCCCCAAUGUGAAAACAAACGCCAUCAUUAAGAAAAGUUACAGCACACCAGAGACGGUGGGAAAAGAUUGCGUUUGCUGAGCAAAAAACAUCAUGCUGGACAAUUGUGAAUGAGACAACGGGUUAUGACCAGCAAGGCAAAGUCCUCAGUGAGAAAGAUCCAGAACUAAUGUGAUGCUUUGAAUACCUAAGGGAUUUUCUUAUUUUAAAAAAAUGAAUCGGAACUCAGUUAAGUCGAUCGAAUGUCAACGUUUUUCAAUUUGGAAUUUCCUGGUGUCGCCCUGAACUCCAGUCUGGUGUUUUGUAGGAAUUAAUACACAGUAUCCCUAAAACCCUACUUCAAAUCUGUGGUUGGAAACCUCUGGAACAUGCAUGGAGAUGGACACAAAGAAAAACACUACAGUUUGGAUACAGGUCUACUAAGGCUUUACCCAGACGGAAGGAGUCUCCCAAUCCUCACAAUCAAAGGCUGGCUGCCUGAGCCUUUCUGCGGAUAAGCACUAAACAGAUCUGCAGCUUAUAACAAUAUUUCUGGGGAUCUGUGAAGCAGCAACUCAGAAGCGAAGGGCACAACAUAAAGAAAACAAGAAGAGAAAAGGUUAGACAUUGGAACCAUGGCUCCUGAAGUCAUGGCUGAGCUUCGUGAUUGGUUCUUUCUUCUGCUGCUCUGCCUCACACUAUUGGCUGAGGUGCUGCAGUGUGCUGCAACUGCUUCACAGGGAAUAGAUGCUGAUGGAGACGUAGUGUGUCCGUCUGUCUGUCGAUGUGAUGAAGACUUUAUUUACUGCAAUGAUCGUGGUCUAAGUGCUAUCCCACCACUCCCCCCUUCUGCCUCCAUUCUUUAUCUUCAGAACAAUCAUAUAGACAAUGCAGGACUUCCCACGUCCCUUGAGUUCCUCACUACUGUCGAAGUCAUAUAUCUUUAUGAUAAUGAGCUGGAUGACUUUCCCAUGCAUCUACCACCAUCUUUACAGGAACUUCAUCUCCAAGACAACAACAUCCGGGUGUUACCAAGAGCUGCAUUAGCCAGGUUGCCUCUCCUGGAAAAGUUGCACUUGGAUGACAACUCAGUGUCCACAGUUAGUAUAGAAGAUCAGGCUUUUGCCGAUAAUCCUCGUCUUCGUCUGCUCUUCCUUUCCAGAAACCACCUUUCCAGCAUUCCCUCAGGACUUCCAGCCUCACUAGAAGAACUACGUUUAGAUGAUAAUCGUAUCUCUACUAUUCCCACACAUGCCUUCCGAGGUUUAUCUUCUCUGCGCCGUCUUGUCUUGGAUGGAAACCUUUUGGCUAACCAGCGCAUUGCAGAUGACACCUUCUCACGCCUAUCAAACCUCACUGAACUUUCUUUAGUACGGAACUCCCUUCAGACUCCACCACUUAAUUUGCCUAGUGCACACCUGCAAAGAUUGUCUCUCCAAGACAAUGCCUUGAUCCACAUGCCACGGGGCUCCCUUGAUGGAAUGCGUAGUCUUCAGAGGCUGGAUCUUUCUGGGAACAACUUGACCACACUUCCCAGAGGUUUGUUCCGGGACUUGGAGAGUCUAGGGCAGUUGCUUGUGCGUGGCAACCCUUGGCACUGUGGCUGCAACCUGCGCUGGCUUUAUGACUGGCUAGAAGCUAAAGGGAACACUAUUACAGUCCGAGGACUUACUUGCCAGUCUCCAGAGCGAGUACGUGACAUGCCACUAAGAGACCUUACUAGUCAAAUGGAUGACUGUGAAUUAGCAGCAGCUGGAGGUGCAGGGAUAGGUGGAGUGGGUUCACCAGGUGGUGGAGGUACUACUGGCAAUAGAAUGAGUGGAGCAGGAGUCAGUUCAACAACUCUGUCCCCUCCUCAAGGAUCCCUGUUUACUCUGCGGUCCAAGCGACCUGGUCUGGGGCUUCCAGACAAAGGCUUAGACUACACACUUGGCAGCAGUGGUGUGGGGAAGAACCUGGCCCUGAAUGUGAAGCCACUAUCCCAUGACAGCAUCAGGGUUACAUGGAGUGUGGCUCAAACAUCUUCCUCUUUCAGGCUUAGUUGGCUCCGCUUGGGGACUAGUGCUGCAAUGGGUUCCAUUACUGAGACUCUUGUAAGGGGUGACCGAAGAGAGUAUCUACUUACUGCCCUCCAACCAGCAUCCAGCUACAUCAUCUGCAUGGUGCCCCUAGUCUCCGGCACAGGGAAUAAAGGAGGCAUGUCUGGAGGAAACACAGACACGGAUGAGGCUCCAGUGUGUGCAAAGGCUGAGACAUCUGAUCCCAACAUGUCUGAUGUAGACCAAGGGGAGGAUCAAGGCUCAGAGCACAUCACCUCACUUCCACUUGCUGGGAUUAUUGGUGGGGCCACUGCUAUAGUCUCUCUAACACUUAUUCUCGGAAUAUUCUGCUGGUACAUUCAUCGGGCAAGGCGCUUUUCCACAAGAGAACACUACAGCCGAAGCAGCUCGCGCAAAAGCAAGCAUUAUGAUGACUACAUUGAAUCAGGCACUAAAAAAGAUAACACCAUCCUGGAAAUCCGAGGGCCUGGCUUCCAGAUGACACCAAUGGCUGCCAGAGAGACACCGCAGCCCAAGCCAGUACAGGAAGACUACAUAAUACACACAAUCUUCCCUUCAAAUGGCACAGGUCUAUACAAACCACCCCAUCACACAGCUAAUGCAAGCUAUGGCACAAACCGUGGCUAUAGAGAAGGGGGUAUUCCAGAUUUAGAUUACUCUUACACGUGAUGAGCCUGAUUUAGUGAACACUAUUAAAAACAUGGUACUGAUAGAUGCACAUUUUUUUUAUCUGCAUGGGGUCUACAGAACCCCAUUGUGCCUUCUGUCUUCAUUCCAAACUAGCCUGCUGUUCAUGGCACCAAGGAAUCGCUAAAUUGGCCCAAAUGCCUACUAAGAAACCAUUUUCAGUUUUUUGGCACCAGGAAGGGAAUAUACCAUUUUAAUAAAUGGUUCCAGCUAGCAUUUCCACUCCCCCAGUCAACUUGGUGUGUCCUCAGCGUCAUGGCUUUUUCCAGGGCUCCCUCAGUGAGAUGGAUACAAGGGCAGUACAAACUGUAUUUUAAACAGAGAUUCAUUCUAUUUAGAGCUCAAAUCAUAGGUGAUAUGGAUAAAUGGCACUUACUGAAAAAAGAACAAUAUAUUUAAAUGUAAACCUUCAUCUCCGUUGACUGUAAUUGUUAGCUGCCCAGCUGCUUCAUAGUGUUGCUCCUGAUAUGAUGUGGAGGAGUACAGUACUGGAGUGGCUAGAAAGAGAGAGAACACUAUGGGGAAUAAGGAUUUCUCAAAAUUCACUGCUGUACAGGGAAUCAAAGGAUGUCUUGGCAGUGCAACUCUUCAGAGACUAAAAACUUGCUGGAGAAAACAUGGGAACACUUUGGUUCCAAUUUUCUUAAGUAACUUUGAACUUGGACAUCUCAAGUAGGAUUGUAUGGGAGAAUGUAUGGAGUUACAAACAGUGGUCGUGAAUAGUGAUGCACACUAGUUUUUAACAACUCUAAAUGAUCUUGAUAUGGUAGCAAGUUUUUGCUAUCUAGUUCCUUUUAACAUGGAGGUGUGGGGAAAUGUGAUCUGUAAGGUUCAAUUAGACUGAAAGAUUUUUUUUUAAAAGAUAAGAAAAGAAAAUUUCAACACUAAUAUAAAUGUUGAACACAGGCCAGGUUUGUAGAUAUUUGAAUCCAACACAAAGACUUUUGGAAGUGAAAGUGUGAAAACAUAUUGUGUUCCAGAAUUGUUAUGUAUUUUCUCUUGUAAGUUUAUUUAUCCCAUACUGCUGUCUUUUUUGGUUUAUAUCUGUUCUAUGGUUUAAACAAUCUGUUUAGAUAGAAUGUGGUCAGUCCUGCUGCUGGUGACAUUAAAAACACUGUGGUUUUGCCUA